AUGAAGAUUUCCAACGAACUGAAUCUCCUUCUCCAGUGCUCUUCUUUAUUUUUUGCCAUUCUGUUCAAUUCCAUUUUGAUCUACCUGAUAAUCACAAAGUCGCCGAAGAAAAUGGGGAAUUAUAAAGCGUUGAUGAUUUAUUUCUCAACGUUUUCAAUGCUUUUCGCAGUCAUUGAUAUGAUUGUCAGACCAUUCAUUCACAGCCAUGGAAACUGCUUCUUCAUGAUAAUGAGCACAAAGGACUGGCCGUUUUCCGAGGAUUCGGCUCAAAUUGCAAUAAGUGUCCUAUGUGGAUGUGGAGGUGUCACACCGUUCCUGAUUGCUAUUCAUUUCAUUUAUCGAUUUUUUGCAUUGGAGAGAAAAGGAAGACUUCGAUAUUUCUCUGGCAAAUACCUCAUUUUCUGGUUUAUCAUUCCAGUUUUGGGCGGAGUCAACUGGUUUCAUUUGUCAUGGUUUUAUUAUCGAAGGAAUGAAAAAACAACGGAGUAUAUCAGGCAAACAGUGCUGGAUAAUUUCGGUCUUCACAUGAACGAAACCGUCUACUCUGCAGCGUUUUUCUACCCUCCAGAUGGUCAAGGAAUUCCACAAUUGGAUUGGAGUAUUUUUAUCAGCUAUAUCAUUUUGUCCAUUAGUAUGGCCCUUCCAUUUAGUAUCAUGAUUAUUGCUGGUGUGAUGAGUCACUCGAAAAUCAAGAAACUUCUGGAACAUGGAGAAUGUGACUACACAAAACGGUUACAGCUACAGCUCUACAAGGCGUUGGUGGUUCAGACAUUUCUCCCUGUAUUCCUAUUCUUCCUACCCCUCGGAGCCCUAUUCACUGCUCCACUAUUCCACGUGGACAUUGGAAGUUGGUCAUACGUCACGACGUACUUGUACGCACUCUACCCGGCUGUAGACCCUCUACCAAUUAUGUUCAUUGUACAAGAGUAUAGACUAGCGUUCUAUGAGCUCUUCGACUGCUUCCGUUGCACAGUUCCAGCCGCCAAAGUUGAGGACAAUUCUACAAUGUACAGGGAGAGUGAAGCUGUAUAA